CCAAAUGAAGAAGCAAGCUUGGGCUUGAAGAGAAGAACAUCUCCCUUCUCCAGUGGUUCAGUUCUUCUAUCAUUAGCAUGAGAGAGAGAGAAAUAGAAACAGAGGAACAGAGAGAGUAUUUUGAUUUUUUUAAUUCAAAGCUGCACAAGGGAGAGAAAUUUGGAGUGAAAAGUAGAGGAAGGGGAAAAAAGAGAGAUUAGGUUGUGUAAUAAUUCAGCAUCAAGAGCAGUUGGCAUUAGUUAGUCUCUGUCUGUCUUUUAAUCACUUGUUGAGGAUAGACAGCAACCCAAUUGGUGAAUUUGGUUUUUCUCGUCAAAGCAUUUGAUGCUCAUUCAACCCACAUUUCAAAAAACCCCCCAAUUUUAGAACACUCCCCAAUUCAUUCAUUAUUUUCCCCAAAUUCAUCUUCAAGUUUGGUCCUUUUCUCGGCUACAGAUACGAGGAUAUCUCGAAAGCCUUUCUGCAACUUACCCUUUUACCUUUUUUUUUUCUCUCCUCUCUCUUGAAGACCCUCCAGGUUCAUAAGUUGAGACCCACUGGUUAUUUCCCUCUGCUCAGAUCAACCAUUUUCAUUUCCUGAAAACUUGCAGAGACCCUUUUGACAUUUUUUGAUCUAGAGAAGGAAAAAAAAAAAAAACCCAGAGGCAGAGACUGAGACCCUGCUUAAAUCAAUCAUAUUUUGGGAUUUGAUUGGAUGGAGAAGUUGGAAAAUGUUUUUCCUCCAUACCCAAAAGUGAAAAGGGAAUCUGCUUUCCUUUUACUGCAUUGAUGAGCUGUUGCAUAGCUAAUGUCAUUGUUUCUUGUCCACUUUAUACUCUGAAAGGUUCACUUUCUUGUCUUGCCCCCAAAUAUAUUUUUUUCCUCCCUCCCUUUUCUUUUCUUUCUCCUUUUUGCAUUCAAAACAGAGCUGGGUUGCUUCUUCUACAUCCAUCCUCAAAGGUUCAUCAAGCCAAGAAGAGUUAGCUUCGUCUACAUUUUAUGCUCUCUCACAAAUUCCAUUUUUUUUUCUCUCACUCUCUCUGUCUUUAACUUUGUGUUCAUGGGGAUGCUGCAUUUGAGAAGCUUGCUUUUGCUUUAACGCUCUUUAAAAGCUGCAAACUUGGUUCUUUGUUUAGUCCCGCAAGAUAUCACCGGCCAACUGUGGUCAAAACCGGCUUUCCCCUUUAAAAUUUUUAAUUUCUAUGUUUUCCCCUCAUUAGAAGUAACUGACCAAAAACCAACUAUUGUAGCCUGGGGUUUCAUAAUAAUGGGUGAUCUCGAAAACGACGAUAUGGGUUUUAGAAAUUCGAACGAGGGGUUACUGAAUUCUCCAUCUUCGGGGAAAAUUUCGGGUGUGUUACCGAUGGGUUCGGUUUCCGGUAACAAAUCGUCUCUUGGAAUGGACUCUUUCUUCGCCUCUGGUUGGGAUCCACUGGUUUCGUUGGGUCAAAGUGAGAAUUUUGGAGCAGCUUCAAUGGUGUCCUCCCAUGGCGAAUUCUCCAGUUCGUUUCCUGUAGUUUUGGAGAACCAGGGAGCGAGUGGGACAACACAGGCCGUUCAUUAUCCGACAGAUUUGGAGAUGGGGACGAAGCUGCCCUGUUUUGGCAGUGGGAAUUAUUCGGACAUGUUUGGUUCUUUUGGCCUUUCUGGCCAGAUUCUCGGAGCCUGUCCUUCAAAUUACAGAAAUGGAGGAACUACCAACACUGCACAAACUCAAGAAAAUUUACCAUUAUCUGGAGAAGACGCUGCUGGAGGAUCUCCAAGUGGUAAAACCAGAAAACGAGCUCUUGAUUCCACUUUCCCAUUUAGCCCGAAUAAGAAAUCUGAAGGGAAAUUGAAGAAGGAUGUUUCUGGGGACAGUUCCAGUACGCAAGAGGAGAAGAAUGCAGAAAUGGAGCAGAAUUUAGGUGGGAAUUUUCGUGGUAAGGCAACUGGAAAACAAACUAAAGACAAGUCUAAUAAUAGUGGAGAAGCUCCUAAGGAAAAUUACAUUCAUGUGCGAGCUCGAAGAGGGCAGGCCACAAAUAGCCAUAGUCUUGCUGAGAGGGUGAGGAGGGAGAAGAUCAGUGAGCGGAUGAGAUUGCUUCAAGAACUUGUUCCCGGAUGCAAUAAGAUUACUGGAAAGGCUGUAAUGCUUGAUGAGAUUAUCAACUAUGUACAGUCAUUGCAACAGCAGGUUGAGUUUUUGUCAAUGAAACUUGCUACUGUCAACCCGGACGUGAACAUCGACAUCGAGAGGAUUUUAUCCAAAGAUAUUUUCCACGCACGGGGCAGCAAUGGAACUGUACUUGGAUUCGAUCCCGGGUUGAACACUGCUCCCCCGGUCCCUCACCGGAUGUUUCAGUUUCAGGGGACGAUGUCGAAUAUGCCAACCACAUCCACACAGUUUCCUCCUCUGCCUCAGACGAUGUUAGAAACCGAUCUCCAAAGUCUUCUUCAAAUGGGAUUUGACUCCAGUUUGGCCAUCGAAAAUUUGGGACCAAAUGGGCGGUUGAAAUCAGAGCUCUAAUUUUCUUGCAAAUGGAGGAGACAGGGAAAAGAAGGGGAAAAAUGCUCAUUUUAUUCCUCAACAGAAAUUCAAACGUUUUCAAGUUGACAAAGAAGAAAAAAAGAAAAGAAGCAUUAAAGUCUGUAUAGGAUUCAGUUUCUAACUAUUGUUCUUCGAAUUUUAGCAGAAGAAGAUGGAUUUAAUAGCAGAAAAGGAAUGUAUAUUUUGAUUUUGUGGGUGAGGCUGAUGAGAAUUGAUUUGAAUUGGGAAUUGUAGAUUAGAGGAUGAAAUGGAAGGCUGAAGCUUUUGCUGUACCAAUUUUCAAGGAAAAAUUUUUAACAGAAGGACGAAAUCUUCUAAUCCUUCUUUUGUUUGUUAUUUGUA